AUGCGUCCCCAUCCCAGCCCCGUCUCCUGCCCGACUCCGCCGCCGUCCGCCGCCAAGACCGCCACCGCCACCGCCACCGCCUUCUCCGACAUCCACCACGACAUCCUCCAAUCCCACGUCCUCACUCGGCUCGACGGCCCCGCCCUCGCCUCCGCCUCCUGCGUCUCCUCUGACCUCCGCGCGCUCUCGUCCGACGACCGCCUCUGGGCCGACAUCUCCCGCUCCGCUUGGCCGUCGAUCAACGCGCCGCGCGUCUCCCGCGUCGUCUCCACCUUUCCCGGCGGCCACCGCUCCUUCUUCGCCGACGCGUACCCCCUCCCCGCCGAGGACCCCGGCUCUCCUUCGACGGCGCAUCCCCCUCCGCCUCCAGAACUCCGCCGCCGCCCGUCGGAGCUGAUCUCGGCCGUCGACAUCCGCUACCGCGGGCAGCUCAUCUUCAGCAAGACCGCCGAGACCGAGACCGAGACAGGGUGGUUCCGGUGCUCCCCGUUCCGCAUCGACAUGCUGGAGCCAAAGGAAGCGGUGUCCACGCCGGUCCCCUUCCCGAGCCCCGACGACGAGUGCGGCGACCUCGGCGACGGUCUGAGGCUGAGCUGGGUCCUGAUCGACCCGGAGGGCCGGCGGGCGAUGAACCUCUCGAGCGCCGCCCCAGUAUCCAUCCAGCGCCACUGGCUCAGCGGGGAGGUGCACGCGCGGUUCGUGACGGUACUGUCUUCCGGAGAGCGGGGCACGGCGGCGGAGCGGGUGGCCUGCACGAUCGCCGUCACGUGCGGGGGGCCGCGCGGGGGUGCCAUGCAGGUGAGGGAGGUGAGCGUGCAGGCAGAGGACAUGGAGGGGACGUACCUGAACGGCGGGGACAGCCUGGUGAUCUUGCGGAGGGCUAUGGAGGCGCGAAGGGGGAAGAAGACGAGGGAAGAGGAGGAGGGGCGGAGGAGGUACGAGGAUUUCUUGGAGAGGCGGCGGGAAAGGAAGGAGCGGCGGGCGAGGGCGGAAGGGACGUUGGACGCCCUGUGCGUGGGCUUCGGAUCGGCGGCGCUGGUGGUCUUCUGGUUGUUCAUUUUGUGCAGAUGA